CGUAAUGAAAGAGAUUCGUACCUCAUCAGAAUAACCCAUUCAAUUAUCAAGGGGUUUCUACUAACUUACAUGAAAGAAUAAGAACCGGCGCUUACUCGUUAUCUGUAUCCCUCUUAUUUCUCAUUCCAAUAUUCCGUGAGUGUAGUCAAAUUCAGCACAAGACUACGCUCCUUCAAUCGAUCAUUGCAGUGGAACCUUUGACAAGUGCUGUUUUCAGGGUUAUUUGCAGAAUGUCACAAGGCGCCUCUCAAGAGCCUGAAGCCACUCUGUCACAACCCUUCGCGGAGCGAGGCGCUUUUGAAAAGGCUGUGCAGCGUAACCCUCAUCCCGAAUUUAAAAAGGUCGAGGCCUCACGGCCCGGUUGGCGAGAAGAUGUUGAAUUCAACUACACUAAGACUAAAAGUCCCGAAUGGAAACCGGGCCAAGGGGGAAAUGACAAUGGAGAAAGUUUGAAUAAGGAACACAUCCAAAUUGACCCCUACGAAGAAGGAAGACCAGCCGUAUAUAACUACAAAUUACUGAUAUCUGGGAUCAUACCUCGGCCAAUUGGGUUCAUAAGCACUUGUUCCGGAGAUGGAAGGUCAACAAAUCUUGCUCCUAUGAGCUAUUUUCAAGUGGUCAAUCAUGAUCCCCCAGUCUUCACCGUUGGGUUUUCCGGAGGACUGGAAAAUGCAAAGGACAGUCUCCGGAACUUGACGGAAACUAAAGAAUGUGUUAUCAACAUUAUCUCGGAACAUUUUAUAGAGGCAGCGAACUUCACCUCCAUCACUGCGCCUUAUGGGGUUUCAGAAUGGGCCUUGACUGGUUUGCAUCCCGAACCUUGCUCAACAGUGAAGGCUUCCCGUGUCAAGGAAUCAAUAUUUUCCGUCGAAGGAAUGCUUGUACAAACGCAUGAAUUCUCGAGCCGAGCUGAUCCUGGGAAAAAGACUGGUGUGCUGGCAAUCAUUGAAGGGACCAGAUUCUGGGUUCGUGAAGAUGCAAUUAACAAGGAAAAAAACAUCAUAGAUCCAGCAGUACUACGGCCGAUGAGUCGCCUCGGUGGUAUAGGCUAUGGGCGCCUGGUCGAAGGGAUCGAAAUACCACGGCCAGAAUGGAAGGAAUUCCUCGUAUCUGAAGACUUUCAAAAAUUAAUACAACCAAAAGCGGACGGCCAGUAGAACAGGGAAUAAGGAAGAGUACUAAAUUCUAUAUCCUUUAUCUGGAUGAUCGAGUUAUAAUAACUUCUCUGGAUUGGGACGGAAGCGAGAUGAUGAAACAGCUAAAAUUGCCAUGUUUUGAAAGAGGAGCUUUUCUUUGCAUAAUUAUUUAUAGAGAUUGUAUUUUUAGAGAGGCAUGUAAUUUGCCUAUGGCAUAAGGGUUUUCCUGAGCAUUUUCCGUCUGUAAAAACAAGUUCGCCACGGGUCGGGUAAACGAAGAAAGUCCGCUGCAUGCCAUAUCAUUCGAGAGAGGAAG